AUGCGGCAACGAGGCGCGACGAGGGCGUCGGGGGAGGCGUUCCGCUUCCAGAUGAGCAACGUGCAGACGUGGAUGAGUGUCGCGCUGACGAACGAGGAGACCUGCAGGAAAGACGUCCAGGGCGUCGGGGGAGGCAUGGCGGUGUACGCCCGUGCUGCAGAGGCGAAGAAGUACACCAGCAUUGCGCUUGCGUUGGCUAAACGGAGGCCAACGACAUAUAAUUUAUUAAUUUUUUAUUAA